AUGGCGGACCCUCUCAUCGGACCCUUCGCGGAGCUCUGCGGGGCUCUCCGCGGCUUGCAAGAGCAAGUGGAGCAGCUGGAGCGUGUGCACAACGCUGUAGACGACUUCAACUCGGCUUUUGGCUCCUUCCAGGGCGCCAUAGCUCUGCACGCAUCGUGUCUGUCGUACCCCAAGACGACUGUAUCCACAGCUCUACUGACUCGGGGACCCAAAGAAAAGCACGUGUCGCCAAGGACAAGAAUUCCGAACUUAAGCGAAUUGCACACUGCAAAUGGUGUCCAAGCGAAGCAUGAGGGGUCUCCACGCGGAACAACUAAUAGCAGCAGUAGGACUGAAGCUGAUACUGGGAACAAGCAGCCACACACGAAGCUCCAGAAGCCAGCGGAUGGUGUCGCAAAUGGUGUCAAGCGAUACGGGAAAGUGGAGCCUCAUGGACCGAGCAAUACUCGGAUCAAGAAACGGCGGAAGCCGCAGACGACCAAGAUAGCGCCACCAGCGUGGACGUGGGAACGUCAUGUCCGAGAGAAGAUCCCACGCAAGUAUCAGAGCCCGGCAGAGCUGAAGAAGCUCGAAAAUAUCGUCCUUUAUCUCAAAAAUCGUCAUUGUGCCAUUUCGAUUUCGGAUCUGGUGAACCACAGUGGACUGCCUGUGAUUCGGUGCAAGGAAAUUCUGCAGACGCUCAUGAAGCUUGAUAUUGUCGUGCGCAAGCGCGAGAAGUCGGGGUUUGUCUACAGCUUUGUCACCUCCAGCUAA